AUGGCGGACUCCAAGCCCACGCCGCCCGAGGCGGCCGCAGCCCCGAAGCCGACACCCUCAGCCCCCGCCUCCGCUGCUGAGGGCUACAAAGCCGCGAAACCGAACCCGGUCUGGCAGAUGAUGGGCCUCCGCGGGCCCCCCAAGCGCCUCCCCUCGCGCAACUGGAUGAUCUUCCUCUCCGUGACGGGCGCCAUCUCCGCCGCCAUCAUCUACGACAAGCGCGAGAAGAACCGCGCCACCGCCCGCUGGGCCCGUGCCGUCGCGCCCCUCGCCCAGGAACCCAUCGGCCACCCGUCCCAGCUGCCGCGCAAGCUCACCGUCCUACUCGAGGCGCCCCCCGGCGACGGCCUGCGCGUCGCCCAGGACCACUUCCUCGAGUACAUCAAGCCGAUCCUUGCCGCCUCCGGACUGGACUGGGAAUUCGUCCAGGGACGCCAACAGGGCGACGUCCGCGCCGCCGUGGCCGAGAAGAUCCGCCGCCGCAGGAGCCGUGAGGAGAGGCCUGACGUCGAGCUGCUGCUGACCGAGGAGAACAUCCGCGACGCCAUGCGCCAGAAGAACGGCAUCCCCGAGUACGAGGGCCCCGCCGGCGACAUCGUCAUCGGGCGGCACACGUGGAAGGAGUACCCCGAGGAGCCCCCUAAACCCGAGACCGCCCAAAUGACCGAGGGCCCCGAGACGACAGCAGCGGAGGGCGCCGCCGCCGCCGCCGGCACCGAAGAAAAGAAGGACGAAGAACCCCCCAAGGAAGAAAAGAAGUCCGACCGCCCGCCCCAGCCGGUACCCCACAACACUCCCCUCGACUACCCGACCUCGCACCUCCCCCUCCACAUCCCCGCCGAGUUCUCCCCCUCAGACGCCAUUCCCUUCCCGCACCUCCUCGGCUUCGCCGGCACUUUCACCCGCAUGCAGCGCUUCCUCAACCGCCGCCGCCUCGCCGACGAUAUCGGCCGCCAGGUCGCCGCCGCCUGCUUCGCCGCGUCGCGCGAGUGGCGCGAGGAGCCGUCCGAACACCCGGACCAGCCGUACGAGCAGCAGCGCGCCCUCGAGCACGAGGAGCACAACUGGGUUAAGAGCGUGUGGAAGGAGGCCGCCGAGGCGCCCGAGUCAGCGGACGAGGCGGAGCGGACAAAGGAGCGCAUCUGGACGUCGCCCGUCGUCAUCGACCCGCGCAUCGCGACGCGCAUGCGCCGGUUCGAGAUCCGCCCCGAGGACGAGGAGCGCGCGAGGCAGAUCGUCGUGCCGGAGGAGGAGGUCGAGGGGUGGAUCAAGGGCAGCCUGAGGGCGCUGGGCCGCUGGGGGUGGGAUGCCGUCAGGGGGGACCAGCGCAAGGGCCCCAACGUCGGCGACAUUGAUGAGUGA